UUUUUGUCUUAAAAGCUGCUCAAUCUCAGACAAAACCAACCCAUUCAUUGGCCAAAUCAAUCGUUCUUCUGCAGGUAUUUCCUUGAAAGCCAUUUCUGAUUCAAUAUGAAGUUAAUAUACUUGGACGAUUAAAGUUCAAAUCAAAGAUUAUUACUGUUAUCAUCUGGGAUCUACAUCUGUGGAACUAGAUACUUUGAUUAAACAGUAACAUGACAGCAUAGCUUUGGGAGUCUUCCGAUGUUACACAGUGAAACCUGUUAAGUAAAACACCUCUAAAAGUGGAACACCUCCCUAGACCAACCCACCUCAUCCUCACAUAUAGUACCAUAUGAAAAUAUCUUGGCGAAGACAAAGACACGAGACAGACACAAGACAAUGUAUAAAUCUGUUUGCCUUGCUGUAAUUAGCUUUGCUUCAGUGAUAAAUUGUGAAUCAAGAGGUUGCCAUGGAGAUUAUAUUGAUAAUGAAAUGACAAAGGAUGACUGUUUUCAAUGUGAAAACAGAAGAUGGAUAUCCUAUCCUCAAAAUCCAGACAAAAAUCCCUAUUGUGUGGAGUGCCUAAAAUGCCAAGCAGGGUUUGGACUGUCAGAGCGAUGUGGUUAUGGUGCUGGAGAGGAUGCGGAUUGUGUGUGGUGUGAUCCCAAGGAACAUAAAUAUAGCGAUGCCUAUGAAGCUGAUAUAUGCAAAACAAGCUAUCAUUGUCAUACUUUCCAUAGGAUUUAUAUUAUAAAUGCAACUAGUGAAUCAAAUGCUGAGUGUGGAGAGUGUGAAUAUGGAUAUGUUGAAUCUGAAAUGGAAGAUAAUUUUGAGUGUGACCCUUGUGAAUGGAGACGAAGUGAUCCAAGAUGCGAGAUAUAUUUGAUAGCAAAGGACACAACAACAACAACAACAACAAUGUCGAAAGCCAUCACAGUGGAAAAUGUCACACACCAUGAUCAAACUGAAAACACAUCAAGAGAACUGAAUAAUGAACCAGGUUCUGGGACAGACUUGACAGCGAUACUGAUUGCAGUUAUACUAGUAGUGGGAGCUGUGUUCUCCAUAUGUAUCAGUUGUUGGUGUUAUUGGAGAAAUAAGCCAAAACGCAUUUGCUUCAAUGGACCAUCACAAGAUCCAGAAAAAGGUUCAAGAGAAGAAAUAACUGAGAAUGAGCUUCUUCUAAAAAGUAAUGGCCAAUGUGAAGAAGCUAUCCCUAAAUCUGGGAAACCAAGAGUCCACACAGUGUCCGAAUCUGAUUCCCAUUGUGAUACUCUUAACAUUGACUACUGCCCACAAUGUCAGUGCAAUGACUGUGGUUGGAAGCAGAAUGGUAUUUGUGGACGCAGCAGUCGGAGAUCAACAAUGGAUGAUGAAGUUAGACCAGAAUCAUUCAUGACAAACUCUUCAGUAUCAAAGAAUGAGACCAGUACCUUGGUUGAUACAACCAGACUAGUUCCUAAUCCAAAUAUGGAAAUGGUUGCUCCUAACCCUAAGGUGCUGAUUAAACAACGCUCUGUGGAAAUGAAAAUCCAAGAGAAGGAGAAGGAGAGCCGCCAAUGUGCCAUUGGUUUGGUCUGUAAUCAAGAAAUACAGUCAUUCCCUUACAUGAGCUCAAUGAAUCCUGAGCCAGCUUCUUCGAGGCCCUCAGAACUUGAAUCAGUAAAUGGAGAGUUAUCCUUAGAAACAGUCAUAUCAGAAGCUAACAACUUGGCUAGUAAUAUCCCAAAUGAUAAUUCACUUUGUGAUGAGCAACGACAACCUCGUGUUUCAAGUGGGGGUUUCUCUGCUAAUAGCAGAGAUGAGAGACUAAGGCCACCGAUAUCCCAUGACUCUGAUGCUACAAUUCCUAAGAAGAGACUUGAUCAGGGAAAUGCUAGAGUCACUCCUCAGCCUCAUCGUGAUGUCAGUAGCUUUAAAGAUGCCUCCCUCCCUAAUAUCGAUGUCCGAACGGAAGAGUCAAGACCAAUUUCUCAGAGAGAGCAAGCUUUGAAAUGUGGUAUCGGUGAUCAAUAUGGUGAAGAAAAAUCCAAUGUGGCCAUCAAUGGGAACAAUAACCAUAUAACAAUAUACCAAAACCCACCAACAAAUCUGCUUCAAACAACGAAUCAGACAGAAAGCCAACCAAACUCCAAGAUUCGGGCUGAGAAGGAGAAGGCAUACCAGGAAGCAUUGAAUAAGUGCAAUGGCUGGAUGUUAGACAAGCUGAGCCUUGAUGAGAGAGACAGGAUUUGCGUUGAUAUGGAUCCAGAAAGACCCAAUAUUAAGAAUUUUAAACAUUUGGGUGAAAAAUUUGGAUACAGCAAUAAUGAACUUGACUGUUGUGGUGGAUGUAAAGGUCUCCUUCAUAGUCUGAUAGCAAAAGCUGUACCAGUCACAGACAUUCUGAAGGAGAUUCAUAAUAUACAUAGAUAUGAUGUUCGUAACUAUUUAGUUGACAUCAUAUUGAAGAAAAAUGAAGAGUGAAUUACCUAUGUUAUCCAAUUGGAAUGGAAGGUUUUUAGUCAGAUAUUUGAUAUAUUGAUUACAAGCUUUUCUGUUCUAUUUUCACCAGGAAAAUAUUGUGUAAAGCAAAUAAUUAAAUUAUUCUUGAAAAUGUACAUAAAGAUUGCAUGACUAAACAUGUCAUAUGGGGAGAGAAUGGCAUGACAUGACUAUGCAAUAAGUAUAAUUUAUUUGGUUUGACCCAUCUUGAGUUGCUAUCUGCAACUAUCUAGUAUAAGUGGACACCAUACAGUAUGGCAGUUGACACUUAAAGGAUCUCCUGUACAAUAAAGCAGUUGAUGCUAAGUAUAAGUGGACACCAUACAG